ACGUACAUUACUCAAAAACCACGAGAGUGAUCAUUUAGAGCGAGAGAGAAACAAUUUUUAGAGAGAGAGAAACAAUCAAACAAAAAAAUAAAAAUAAGAUUUUUUUUAUAAUUAUUAUUAUCUUCCUCAGAUCUCAUCGCGGCCGUUUAUUAGGGUUUCUUGUUCACAUAACCAUCAUCAAUAUCCAGUUAUCCAUCUAUAAUUUCCUCCCCAAAAAACUUACCAGAUCUAAAUAUAUACAUACACAAAAUACUUAUAUAUGUACUUAUAAAUUUGCUGUACGAACAGAUCCGUCAUCAUCCGUCCUUCCAGAUCUAACCCUAAUUUUGGCCUAAUUUUUUGGUUGCUAUCAAAUUCAUAUACACAAAGAUCAAGAUCUGUUACUAUAUUUUUUUGUUUAUAAAUUGUGACGUCAUAAUCGAACCACGAAAAAAAACUUGAUUGAUUGAUGAGAUAGAUACAUAGAUCUGAACAAUAAUUUCAAGAAGACCAAGAGGGAAGAAAAAAAAAAUGUAUAAAUCAGUGGUGGCAGUAUAUGAUGGUGAAAGAUUACUUGGUGAUGUCGAAGUAUGUUAUAAUCCUCAAUAUCAGAAUUCAACAACAAAUAUUAGAGAGAAUUUGAAGGAUAAAAUCAGGAUAUCAUAUUAUUCAACACCAAGUGAAAGAUGUCCACCACUUGCUGUUCUUCACACAAUCACCACUUCUUCUACAACAAGUGGUACUGGAAUUUGCUUCAAAAUGGAGUGCUGCAAUUCAUCUUCAAACAAGUCACAUCUCAGUCUUUUGCAUUCCACUUGUCUCAGGGAGAAUAAGACUGCUGUUGUCACACUUGGUGGAGAGGAGCUACAUUUGGUAGCCAUGCGCUCUAGGAGAAAUGAUUUGUCUCCCUGCUUUUGGGGGUUUAGUGUUGCGCCAGGACUUUACGAGUCAUGCCUUGUCAUGCUGAACCUGAGAUGCCUUGGCAUCGUAUUUGACCUUGAUGAAACGCUCAUAGUGGCCAAUACUUUGCGGUCAUUUGAAGACAGAAUCGAAGCCAUACAAAGAAAAGUUGUCGGUGAAAUUGAUCCACAACGUGUUGCUGGUAUGCUUUCUGAAAUAAAACGCUAUCAAGAUGAUAGAAAUAUCUUGAAACAGUAUGCAGAGAGUGAUCAAGUUGUUGACAAUGGCAAGAUAAUCAAAGCACAGUCUGAGGCUGUCCAAGCGUUGUCAGACAAUCAUCAACCUCUUGUCCGUCCACUCAUAAGAUUACAGGAGAAAAACAUCAUCCUAACGCGCAUCAACCCACUUAUUCGUGAUACCAGUGUCCUUGUGAGAUUGAGACCUGCUUGGGAGGAUCUUAGAAGCUACUUGAUGGCAAGAGGAAGGAAGCGUUUUGAGGUCUAUGUCUGUACGAUGGCUGAAAGAGACUAUGCUUUGGAAAUGUGGAGGCUUCUGGAUCCUGAUUCAAAUCUAAUAACCGCAAAAGAACUUUUGAACCGCAUUGUGUGUGUGAAAUCUGGGUUGAAGAAAUCACUCUUCAAUGUUUUCCAAGAUGGAAACUGUCAUCCCAAGAUGGCAUUAGUUAUUGAUGAUCGUCUGAAAGUCUGGGAGGAGAGAGAUCAACCACGUGUUCAUGUUGUUCCCGCUUUUGCUCCAUAUUAUGCUCCUCAAGCUGAAGCAAACAGUGCUGUUCCUAUUCUUUGUGUUGCUAGAAAUGUUGCUUGCAAUGUCAGAGGAGGUUUUUUCAGAGACUUUGAUGAUGGUCUUCUGCAGCGAAUUAAUGAAGUUGCAUAUGAAGAUGAAAUCAAAGAUAUUCUGCCUCCAGAUGUGAGCACUUAUUUGAGUUCUGAGGAUGAUGCUUCUGCUAUCAAUGGGAACAAAGAUCCACUUGGUGGUUUUGAUGGAAUGGCUGAUGCUGAAGUAGAAAGAAGAUUGAAGGAAGCUAUAGCAUCUUCAUCCGUCCCCCCAGUUAUGGCUAAACCAGAUUCAGUAAUCAAAACGAGUUUCCAGUACAAUACUGCAGCCACAUCAAUGCCCGUCUUGCAGGCAAAAGUUCCGGGGCCAAUUGUCCAAUACCCCAAUAAGCAACUGCCAUCUGCACUAGAGCCAUUGAACCAGGUGAAACUUGAGGCGUUGAGUCAAGUGAAGCUUGACGCAUUGAGUCAGGUGCAACUUGACGCAUUGAGUCAGGUGCAACUUGACGCAUUGAGUCAAGUGAAGCUUGACGCAUUGAGUCAGGUGCAACUUGACGCAUUGAGUCAAGUGAAGCUUGAACCACUGAGUCAUGUGAAACCUGAACCGUUGGCUCAAGUGAAGCUGCCAGAAACAAGCUUACAUAGUUCUCCUGCAAGAGAAGAGGGUGAGGUGCCAGAAUCUGAACUAGAUCCGGAUACAAGGAGGAGACUUCUCAUCUUGCAACAUGGUAUGGACAUGCGAGAACAAAAAAUCAGUGAACCGCCUCAGUUUCCUGUCCGGCCUCCAAUGCCAGUUAUUGCUCCUCGAGUUGAGCCACGUGGAGGGUGGUUCCCAAUGGGAGAAGAGAUGGGUACAAGACAAAUGAACCAAAUCACACCUCCUAAAGAAUUUCCAUUGCACUCGGACCCUAUGCUUAUCGAGUCUAAACACCCUAUUCAUGCACCACCAUUCGUUAACAAGGCUGAAACUCCUAUAUUGCCUGAAAGAGCUCUUGAUAACCAGAGGCUUCCUAAGGAGGUUCUUCAAAGGGAGGAUAGGCUGUUAAGCCGUUCACCGCCUGUUUAUCCCUCUUUUCCUGGUGAAGAAAGUUCGCUGGGUCAAUCCUCAUCCAGCAACAGGGAUAUGGAUAUUGAAGGUGGUGGCAGUGAUACGUAUGUGGAAUCCCCAGCUGAAUAUCUACAUUAUAUUGCCUUCAAGUGCGGAGCGAAGGUGGAGUUCAGGCAGGCUCUGGUCUCCAGUAUGGAACUGCAGUUCUCUUUUGAGGUAUUGUUUGCUGGAGAGAAAGUCGGGGAAGGAACGGGGAAGACCCGAAGGGAAGCUCAACAUCACGCUGCCGAGGCAUCUCUUAUGAACUUGGCUGACAAGUAUUUAUCUCGACCAAAAUCUGAAGAUGAGGGAAGGUCCAUAGGUGAUGGAAGUUCUUUCGGGCACCAGCCUUUAUUGAGAGAAGAAUCAAUGGCAUUUUCUACUGCAUCGGGACCAGCAAGGUCUCUUGAUACAAAGAUGGAGUUUCCCAAGAAAGGACCUAUUGCUGCCCUUAAUGAACUAUGCAUGAUGGAGGGUUUGGGCAUGGCUUUUCAACCUCAGCCUCAACUUUCAGCAAAUAUGGGCCAGAAUAAUGAAUUAUAUGCGCAGGUUGAAAUAGAAGGGGAAGUAUGGGGUAAGGGAGUUGGAUUUACAUGGGACGAAGCUAAGAUGCAGGCUGCUGAAAUUGCUUUCAUGAAUUUAAAAGCAAGGAUGGGGCAAUAUCCUCAAAAACGUCAACCUUCUCCCAGAUCGUAUCAAGGAAUGCCACCCAAACGGUUUAGACCAGAGUACCCGAGAGUCAUGCAACGGAUGCCAUCGUCAGCAAGAUACCCCAAGAAUGCCUCUCCUGUUCCUUGACAUUUUACAAAUCUUCUUGGUAAAUUCCAACAAAGUUACUGGAUCUUUAACAUCCCUAACUAGAUAAGAUGCUCUAUCCUGAUUGGUUUGUCUCAACGAUCCUAUUGUACUUGGUUGCUGACCCAUCUGUGAAUGAAACCAUCUGGGCCAAUGACGGUUUGGUUGUUUUGUGGACUUGGAUCCAUCUAUCCAUCCAAUGGUACAAAGAUGGAGAAGCAGAUUUAUUGUCUGGCAUUCCCAUUCAGUCUAUUCACCUGGCUAUCUCGAGCUUUCUUUGCUCUCAUUUGUUUAUUGGAAUAUGAUGAUGCUGGAUUUGGGGAAGUCCACCAGUAGUUGUUACACGGAUGAGGAAAUAGAUUGAUUCUCUGGAAUUCCCAUUCGGACUAUUCAUUUGGAUGUUCACCAGUUUUCUUUGCUCCAUCUUUUGUUUAUCGGCUUAUGUUGCUGCAUUGGGGAAAACCACCAAUGGCCCUGUCAACUUUGGGAACACGGUUACUUGAUUUGGCAUGAUUGAUGAUUGGUGUGGGUUGAGACUAGAAAGCAACCAUGGUGCUAAAAGAUGAUGUUUCCCAGUUUUAAACUAUUAUAUGCCUGUAACAUUGUAAUUGGUAGAUGCUGCCAUCGGAGGUCUGAGUUUUUUCCUUUAUAUAGUUUUAGUUCUAGCUAAGCAAUUCUUUAUGGCGAUUGGCCAUGCUUAUGUCGCCAUCAAUUUUUUGGGAAGAUUUCUUUUUUAGUUUAAACCUCUCAACAAAACUCAGGUACGGAGCUAAGGUUGUGUAUAUACAGUCCUCUUAUUGGAUCCUGAUUCUGUUAUUGGAUCUUGUUCUGGUAUAGUUGAUAGAAACCCGGUUUUCUUUG